CUUUGCUGAAUCUUAACCUAGGAAAAAGCUGUCAAGUAUUAAAUAGUAAUCACAAAAAUAAAACAUGGCUUUGGUGAACAUAUUAAUAGUUUUGGCUUUUUGUUUGUUGGUCGCGGUUGAAGCUGGCCUCAAGGAGGACUAUCUAAACGAGCACAAUCGGCUGAGAAAGUUGCACGGGACUCCCCCUCUCGUUUUGGACGCUGCUCUUUCAAAAGGAUGCGAGGAAUAUGCACAAGAGUUAGCUAAAACCGAAAAUAUGGCCCAUAGUGAUGGAGGCGGGAAGUAUGGUGAAAACUUGUGCAUGCGGUCACACAAUGCCUUGAAAUGUGUUCAAGAUUGGUACGAUGAAAUCAAAUCCUACGACUUUAACAAUCCGGGCUUCUCCAUGGACACUGGCCAUUUUACUGCUGUAGUUUGGAAGGGCGCGAAAAAACUAGGUAUCGGCCAGGCUAGAGAUAAAAAUGGGCACUUCUGGGUAGUCGGAAGAUAUACUCCACCAACGAAUGUUAAUGGGCUGUUCAAAGAACAUGUUCCGAAGCCGAUCAAGGAUGGGGGAGGUGAUGGUGGUCAUGGUCAUGGUUCUGGUAAAGACGACGACGAGGACAGCUCUAGUAUGGUUAGAGCUAACACCAUUCUCCUCUUGAUUGCCUUGUUCCUCCACUUCACGAAUUAAGGACAAUUUUGUGCAUUCCUGUGCCGCCUAGCCCAGUUGUAAAUUUCUAGUUCACCAAUUCAAAAAAUUAUAUUUUAUUGACAUUUAAAU